AUGGCAGCUUUAAGGAGCAUGGAAAAGGAAGAGCUACUAUUAGAAAGUCUUCCCAAAGAGUACUACGAUGAUGAAUGGCAAGCGCAACAAAGGGAGAAAACUAAGGAGUUGCAUCGUAAACGUCAAGAGGAAGAUGAAGAGGAGGAGAGAAAGGUUGAAGAGUACCGUGAGAUCGGCAUGCGAUUGAAAGAUUAUCCGGAAGAAGAUGUUCGGAAAGCUCGGAAAUUGAUUUCGAGCUUCAUUAGAGCGGCUGAAGAAGUGGAAGAGAAAAUUGAGGAAGCUGGUGAGAAAGGGGAACUGACUGAACUUGUGUUGAUGGUCAUAUGGAAUCGCCUUGACCUCGCUCGACGGGAUGAGGAAAAGGACGUAAUGACGCAAAAGUUCUACCACGUAUGCUACAAUGACAUAGUUGCUGAGAUAUGA